CUUUUUUGGCUCCAGUGGGAGGAGUGAAGUCGGUUUAGUUCCUGGUGUGGGUCCUGGUGGAACUUGGUGAUCAUGGACAUUGAAGCAUAUUUUGAAAGAAUUGGUUAUAAGAAGUCCAGGAGCAAAUUGGACCUGGAAACAUUAACUGACAUUCUUCAGCACAAGAUCUGGGCCAUUCCCUUCGAGAACCUUAACAUCCAUUGUGGGAAGCCCAUGGAACUGGGCUUGGAGGCCACUUUUGAUCAAGUGGUGAGGAGGAAGCGGGGUGGGUGGUGCCUCCAGGUCAAUCACCUUCUGUACUGGGCUCUGACCACCAUGGGUUUCCAGACCACGAUGCUGGGAGGCUACGUGUACAACCCUCCAGACAACAAGUAUAGCAGUGCUAUGAUUCACCUUCUGCUGAAGGUCACUGUGGAUGGCAGACACUACAUAGUUGAUGCUGGGUUUGGACGCUCUUACCAGAUGUGGCAACCUCUGGAACUAAUUUCCGGGAAGGAUCAGCCUCAGGUGCCUUGCAUCUUUCGCUUGACCGAAGAGAGAGGAACCUGGUUCCUGGACCAAAUCAGAAGAGAGCAGUACAUUCCAAAUCAAGAAUUUCUUAAUUCUGAUCUCCUGGAAAAGAAGUACCAAAAGCUCUACUCCUUUACUCUUGAGCCUCGAACAAUUGAAGAUUUUGAGUCUGUGAAUGAAUACCUUCAGACGUCUCCAGCGUCUGUGUUUACAAGCAAGUCGCUUUGUUCCUUGCAGACCCCAGAGGGGGUUCACUGUUUAGUGGGCUUCACCCUUACCUCUAGAAAAUUCAAUUAUAAGGACAAUGUGGAUUUGGUGGAGUUUAAGACACUGAAUGAAGAAGAAAUAGGAGAAGAGCUGAAAAAUAUAUUUAAUAUUUCCUUGGAGGGAAAUCUUGUGCCCAAACAUGGUGAUAAAUUUUUCACCAUUUAGAGUAAGCAGUAGAGAUGAUCUUCAGUAUUGGGUAUUAUAUAGUGAAACUUAUUAUAGAAAUCAACUAUAUAUAAAAGUAGAGAGAAUAAAAUAAUUAACCUCUAUGAUGACCGAUUGUACCAACUUUCCACUGGUAAACCUAUCUCUCAUAUUUUCUCAAUGACCCUAUGAGAUAUUAAAGCAAAUUCUACAUAUUAAAUCAUUUCAACCUUUAAAAAAGCAGCCUGUGUAUUUAGAUCACUUUUUUCCUCUGAGAACAACUCUUUCCAUGACUUGUAGGUCAGUUUCAGAGACAAAUUUACUGGUGAUCAAUGUAUGAAGUCUGAAAUCCGCUGCUGUAUUUAAGAGGUGUUCUGUGAUUUGUAGUUAGACAACAUUUCAAAGAACACAGAACCACACAUCUUUUCAAAAUUAAUAAUAGUAAAGGUAUUUGAAGGAUGGCCUAUGGUUUUCUUGCAAGAAAAUUGCCGUUUUUGCUAGAAUAACUUCCACACUGGUUGAAUGUUGAAUUCAUAAAAAAAUGUUUACCCAUGGCUCAGGAAAUGGACAACUGAGAAAAUAGUUUUUAUUAAAUUCAACCAGCAUGUGUCCAACAUCCAAUACCAGUUUUUACAAAAAGCUCGCAUGUACAAUGCAGGGUUAGAAUUGUACAGAGAGAAUGAGACAUGACAUUGCUCCCCAGUAGUUCUCCAGACGAGGCUUCACCCAGCAGACAGUAGCGUGUGGUUAAGCACCAGGAGAGUGACACAGCUAAUGGUUUCCUACAUGGUUCUUUAUGCAACCAAGUUCUGUGGGCAGCAUCUUCCUUCCUAUAGAAAUGCUGGCAUUGAGAAUUUUUCAAAUUCCAGUAUUAAGUCAUGUUGUCUAAAGUUAUCAUUAUAAAUUUUAAAAUAUUACCUAUAAAAACCUGAUGUCUAAAACGCAUGUGAAAACAUUGUUGGUGAAUACAAUGUCAGUCAGUCAGUAUCUGUUUGGCAGAGUCAGGACUCUAGGGGCUUCCUCACAUCCUCUUUCUCAUCUCCCAGUUCUUUCCUUUUACUUCCCCCCACACUUGUCCUGAGAGAAAAAGAGUGAGGUUCAAGGUGUAGAGAUCUGAGUUCAAAUCCUGUGGAACUGGGUGGAUUACUUGAUCAACCUGUGGCUCCGAUCCCUCACAGGUGACAUGGGGAUAAUACUUAUACAGUUCAAUGCCAGACCUAGAGUAGAUUCUCAAUAAAUAUUUAUUACAUGGAGGAAUGAAUGAUGUCGGUAAUGUUUUUGAUAUUGAGUCAGCAUUUGAUGAAAGUUCUUCCAUUUUGCUUUAUUUCCCCAGCUCAAAUCUGGUCCUAAAUCUGCCUGCUUUCCCCUCGGUUAAAUAUGAAUACGGUAUCGGAUGGCCCAAAUCUACUGUGGCUCUGUGCUUCUGAACUGGAUUCUUUGCUUCUCUGUACCUCCUAGUUCCUCUUUGUGAAUCCUGGAAACAGGGCCAUAAUUUCAACCACAGGCUUGUUCUUACAUUACUUUCCCUCUUUACUUGCGAUAAAUAAUGACAAUAAUAAAAUAAAAUAAAAUAAAAUAAGCAUUGCUAAGAGAGGCACUUAAAAUAGAGUCAGAAGGCUGUUAAAGAAGUAGGGCCUGUGCAGCCUCUGCACAGCUUUUAUUUUUUCUUUUAUGUUUUUAAUAUAUGUAUUGAUUACGCCAUUACAUUUCUCCUAUUUCCUCCCCUUCAUUCCCCUCCACCCUGCACACCCCUCCCCCACUAUUUCCCCCCUUUAGUUUAUGACCACGUGUCUCAAGUUCUUUAGAUUCUAUAUUUCCCCUACUAUUCUUGCCCUCCCCCAUCUAUUUUCUACCUAUCAUCUAUGCUACUUAUUUUCUGUACCUUCUCCCCCCUUCUCCUCCCACUCUCCUGUUGCUAACCCUCCAUGUGAUCUUCAUUUCUAUGGUUUCACUCCUGAUCUAGCUGUCCUCUUAGUUUGCUUUUGUUUUAGGUGUGGUUGUUAAUAAUUGUGAGUUUGCUAUCCUUUCACUGUUCAUAUUUUUUAUCUUCUUUUUCUUAGAUAAGUUCCUUUAACACUUUAUAUAAUAAGGGCUUGGUGAUGAUGAACUCCUUGAAUUUGAUCUUAUCUGAGAAGCACUUUAUCUGCCCUUCCAUUCUAAAUGAAAGCUUUGAGGGAUAGAGCAAUCUAUUUGUAGGUCUUUGGAUUUCAUUACCUGGAAUACUUCUUUCCAGCCCCUUCUUGCCUAUAAGGUCUCUUUUGAGAAAUCAGCUGACAGUCUGAUGGGAAGUCCUUUGUAGGUGACUGUCCCCUUAUCUCUUGCUGCUUCUAGGAUUCUCUCCUUCAUUUUAAUCUUGGCUAAUGUAAUGAUGAUGUGCCUUGGUGUGUUCCUCCUUGGGUCCAACUUCUUUGGGACUCUCUGAGCUUCCUGGAUUUCCUGGAAGUCUGUUGCCUUUGCCAGAUUGGGGAAAUUCUGCUUUAUUAUUUGUUCAAAUAAGUUUUCCAUUUGUUGCUCUUCCUCUUCCCUUUCUGGUACCCCUAUAAUUUAGAUGUUGGAACGUUUAAAGAUGUCCUGGAGGUUCCGAAGCCUCUGCUCAUUUUUUUGAAUUCUUGUUUCUUCGUCCUUUUCUGUUUGGUCAUUUUUUUCUUCCUUCUGGUCCACUUCAUUGAUUUUAGUCCCAGUUUCCUUUUCAUUACUAUUGGUUUCCUGUGCAUUUCUCUUCAUUUCAAUUAGUUUAGCCUUCAUAUGUUCCUCUAAUUUGUGACUAAAAUCAGCCAGUUCUGUGAGCAUCCUGAUCACCAGUGUUUUGAACUGUGCAUCUGAAAGUUUGGCUAUUUUUUUGUUGCUUAGAGUUAUGGGCUCUGGGGCUUGAGUUCUUCUUGAGCCAUAAUGUUUUGCUGUUUGAGCCUGUUACGUAUGAGCAGUAGAGCCCUGGGUGUUCACCAGGGCGGGGCCACCCAGGUCACUGUUUUGUGAUUCUAUUUGUGGG